CCACACUUCGACGGUGUUCGAAACUCCGGUGCGACCAGAAACUUCAAAAAGCCGUUCGUAUUUUACACUCUUCGUUUGGUCACCGCCGAGCCUCCCCCGCUUCGUAGUCACCUUCCGUCACCGUCGGCGCCGUUUUUAUCCCGAUCCGGCCCCGUCCGACAGUCCGUUCUGUAGCAGUGUCUGGAAAGGAAAUGGUCAGGAGAAAAGUAAGGAGAAACAGAAAUUUGGCAUACAGCAACGUCAAAAGUUGGCCGCACAGUGGGUAAAACUUUGGGAUUCAGAGAAGGAGCCUUUCAAACAAAAGACUGUCAUGGAGAAAGUAGAAUAUGAAAAAAUAAAAAGAGAAUUUGAAUGUGAAAAUGAAGGUGGAAAGAAUAAGGUCUUGCUUACACGGUGCAGUCCUAUAUGUUUGCCAAAGUUGUUCAAGGACUUGAAGGAUAAGAAGAUAGAUACUAUCCUUCAUAGUAUUGAUAUGGGCCCGUUGUUGCAAAUGAAAUCUCGAUCAAUGAGGAGGGAGGUCAUAAUAUACUUGAUUGAGAGGUUCGAUGCUGAAAAUUGUGCUAUAAAAGUUGACAGUCAUAAUAUUACUCUCACUGUUGAAGAUGUGGCCAGUAUCUUGGGGUCUAAAGAUGAUGGGAUCGAUGUGUCCACUGUUUUGAGGAGGAAUCAAGGACAUAAAUUGAGUAUCCCAAAGGAUGUUAGGUUUGUUAAAUUAGUGCAGCAUAUGACCACUUUGGAGGCUGAAUCUGCUAAAUUAAAGGCCAUGGUGCUUGCAUUUAUCAUCGGAUGUUUCUUGUGUCCAUCAGUCUUCCCUUUCCCAGCGAGGAGUACUAGAAUUGUUUGUGCGAUGAAGGCCUCAACGGUAAGUUGAAUUGGGCAAAACACACGCAUGAGGUUCUGAUUCAAGGAUUAAGAAAUUAUGUCUUCGGCAAUAGGAUUGGAAAGAAAUCCAGGUACGUAAGCGGAUGUCUUCUACUGUUGGAGUUUAUUGCAGAUUCAGUUUUACAAUUACCUGGCUGGAUUGGAGAGCAAGAAAUUUGGCAAUUCUGAACUUCCUACUCGCAUUAGUGCUUGGGGGAAUGAGAAAAUUAAGAUGUUGUUUUCAAAAAACAGAGGCUUCCAGGCUACCCCAAAAUCAAAGGGAAGGUAGAUUUGUUACCCUUAAAUAAUUAUGAAAUAUGGUGUGACAUAAAGAAAUCUUACAGCUCGUUGCUUUAACCGAGGAUGAACCUCAACAGAAGCCAUUGGAAGAAUAUCCGAAGGCCAAAUAUCUUGUUGAAGUCAAGUCAUCACUAAACACAGUUCAAAGGCAAAUGUCAACCCUUUUGGAGUGGACAAGUAUGGUUGACGUGUUUUUUGAGGCAUUGGUGACUUAGCUUACUGCAGUGAAGGACUUGGUGCGUUGAUUGGAAGAGAGAGUCAAUCAAAACGUGAUUUCUGUGCAAGGUGAGGUGAGCGGACUGAAGGAAAUAGUGCGCUGGAUGGAAGGGAAAUUGAACGAUGUUUUUAAAAGAAGAUUAUAGAGUUCAGGGAAGAGGCCAAAUCAAAUGAAGAUUCUGGAAAUAGAUUAUGCAAAGAAGGUGAAGACUGGGACAUUAUGCGCACUAGUAACGUUUUAAUUGACUUGCCAGAUUCAUAUUGCCCGGCCCCUCGAAAAUGACAGGUUUUUUAUUUGAAUAUCAUGUAAGAAAUUUUCCUUUGAAUAAAUAAUUAUAGGUUUCUGCGAAUUCUUCUUAUUUAAAUUUCAAAAGCUGAUAAAGAGAGUUGAGAAGAA